CUCCGAUUGUCUCGACAGAAAAAAUACAGAACAGAAGUUUGGCGUCGGUGAGCCCAAAAGUUGCGGUUACGAGAACGAGUUUUUUUGUGCCCCCAAAAACAAUGAGACUCAGCGCGUAAAGACUGCAAUCCAUAUAUAUUAUAAAUGAAUUGUAAAAAAACUUAUCGAGCGUUUUAGACUUCUGACUGGCCUAGUACGGAAUUCGUUCGGAAGAAGAGGCGUUAAUUAAACUUAAAGUGCAAAAACAAACUGAAACUAGUGUUUAAACGGGAAUUGGCUGGAAAAAUCGUGAAAUCCCCGCGUAAGGACAACCGACCAGCUAUUUAUCCCGAGAUGACGCGAAUUUCAGAAGUUCUGUUGCAUCGGGAUUGAAACAAAUUCGAAAUUUUUGACAAGUUGGAGUCUCCUCGCUGUAACGCGAAUUGAAGGAUGUCUGAGGGUGACAAAAUGGGCCUGUUCGGCUCCAAGGACGAAAAUAACGAGGAAAACCCUGAAGACAACAAUACUACCGCCAAAUCACAGGAAAACUCAUCUGAACGCUUUGCUCCAUACAACAUUGACAGCGACUCUGAGACUUACGACACAGAAGCUCUUAGCAUUAUGGAUAUAAACGAUAUUAUCGGGGUUCAGACUGAUACUCCUGAAGAUUCUACACUUGAGAGUGAAUUUGCUGCAUUGUCAGAAGUUAUUACUGAUUCUAAGGAUGAUUUUGUACUACAACUUGAUAAAUCUGGGGACUCCAAGGAUAAUCCAAGUUCUAGGAAUGAUCAGCAUUGUAGCAAAGACAAAAGUGAGGUUGAAGUGAGCUGUCCGAAAGGAACACAAAAUUCUACGAGUUUACAGAGUAUGAGCAAAAGUCUGCAGCUCAUAGGGGAAGCGUACAUAUCCGAGGAGUCUCAAGAAGCAGACUCUGAUAUUGCAGAAGAGAAAACUCCAAAAGAAAGUAGCGUUCCAAGUGAGAAUGUCAAAGUUUCUCUCAGUCCGAGUAAACUUUUGGAACCCGAUAUUGGAAGUAAAGAAAAAGAAUCGACCGAUAACGUCCUUGAUCCUUUGGAGGAAGUUUCUGUAGAAGGAAAAAUAAGUAUAGAAAAAAAAGAACUCAAAACAGAAAUAGCAAGACCCAAGAAUUCUGAAACACCUUCUGAACCAUCAUCAAGCACAGAAAUAAUAAAAUCUAUUGAUUCGAUAGACGCAGCUGUUAUAAAAGAACCAAAAACGACAACUAAAGAUAGUGACACUGAAAAAAUGGACAUUGAUUCAAUAAUACCAAGCGAGGAGCCCAAGACACCAAUUAAAGAGGCUGAAAGUCACACAGAACCAGAAGAUGGGAAUGAUCAAGUCAAAAACGUUCUUCCGGAAGAGGAUUGUCUUCCCAAAAUGAAUGCUGCUGAAGGAAGUAGAGAUUUGGAGGAACCAAUGGAAGUUGAUGAACCUACUGAAAUUCUUACGAUUUCUUCCAGUGAUCCUGGUCCUGAAAAAAUUGCAAAAAUUAUUUCGGAAGCUGGGCAUUCCAGUGAAAAGAUAGAAUCGACAGCGCCUCAAGAAACCAGUGAUAUUCGUGCGGAGGUGAACGAAAAACUAAGCGAAGACAUUGUGGACGUUAAAUUCUCCUUAGGUCUUGAAACUAUCAGAGAGGAGUCGAAUGUAGAGGAGGAAAAAUUGCUUGAUUCUGUAGAAGUUGAAUCCGAGCCACAAAAAGAUAAAAGUGGUAAAUUUGAAGUUGGAGAAUCGGAAAAAAUGACGCCGGGAGAAUCAUCUGGAGAUGUUAUCAAAGAAAAAACUUUGGAAGGUAAAGACCCUGAGGUUGUUAUGGAAAAACAAAUCAGAGAAAUGGGAAGGCCUUUACAGAGCUCGACAAAUAUCGAAGAAGUCCAUUCAGUAAAAAAUUUGCUGGAAGAUUCAAAAGGAGCGACAGAGCCAAUGGAAAUCGAUCAUCCUGAACAAGAAGAAAUUGAAAAGCCCAUAGGAACGUUUACGAUCGAAAAAUCUCCGGUAAAAGUUGAACUAACUUCAAAGCAAACGGUUGAGAAUCAAUUGAACGAAGAGGCUGUUGAAAAAGCUCAGGAAACGAGAGCGGAAACUUCAGAAAUUAAUGAACCCAUGAAAAGGGACAAAACCUUAGACAAUGAGAAAGAAAAAAUUCUCAACGAUUCUCAGUCCAUUCAAAAGGAAUCGAAAUCUUCAGAAAUCGUUGAGGUCGUUCCAGUGCCAUCCGAUGUUACUACGCCAAACGAAACGUUCGAUCGCGUCACCGAAGACGAGAAAAUGGAAGUUGAUGGAACGGUGAAGAAGACCUCAAACGAAAAAAACAUAAAAGCCUUGGAAAGCGAUUGUUUGCCAGAAAUCACUAAAACUGUUUCUCUAGAGAAAGAGAUAAGCAAAAAAAUGACUGAAAAUCAAUGUGGUAUCGAUACGGUCGACGAUACGAAAAUUGCGCCACUGAAAUUAGAAGAAAUCGUAGAAAUAGCGAGCGAGAGCAAUAUUCUUGGAAUUGCUCCCGAUGAACAGCUGGCUGAAUCAAUCGAGAAGACGGGAAAUAACGAAAAUAAAAGCGACAACAUCAAUACAGAGGUCGACCGAGUUGAAGAAAGGCAAGAAAAUGAAAAUAAAGUUGAUAAAGAUGAAAAAAAUAUUACUCGGGUUGAUGAAAAUGAAGGGAACAAAAAUGAGAUUGAUAAAACCGAAGAACAGAGAAAUCAAGUCGAUCUGACGAAGGAAAACAAAAAUGAGACUACUGGAAAUGGAGACAACAGUACUCAAUCAAAAGGAAACGAAGAAAUCAAGAACCAAGUCGAUCAAAUACAGAAAAGUAGAAAUGAAAUUAUUGAAAAAAAUCCAAACAAAAAAUUGCCAGAAAAUAAUGCAAAUACCACGAACCAAAUCCAUGAAAUCGAAAGUAUCAAUCCGGCUAAUGAAUCACCAGAGGAAAUGGAGAAAAUUUUUAACGAGAUUCAAGUUCCAGAGUCCUCGGAUGUGAGUACUACAAAAGUUGAGGCAGAAGUGAUCGUACAAGAAACAAGUGAUAUACCGAAAGAAAAUUCUGAGAUUGAAAAAAUUGAGUCGAAAGAAAAUGAGGACACUUCAAAUUAUGUAGAAAAUAUGGAGACUUCUAGCAAGACUGAAAAAAUUGAUGAUACUGAAAGGAUAGAAGGGAAAGAGAUUUCAGAAUCAACCCAAAGCGUCAAAUGUCCUGAUCAAGGAAAAAAGGAAACUGAAGAUCCAAAAUUAGUUGAGGUUUCAGGAUUGAAUAUUGUAAUGAAUACUGAAUCUUUAAUCGAAGAGAAAAAAGAGAGUUCAAGUUGUCUCGAACCCACCGAAAUGAUUUUCGAAAAGACUGAGAAUGAAGAUGAAUUGAAAGAUUCAAUUUGCCCACGAAAGCCUGAGGUCGAAAUUGGCAUGGAAACUUCAACCGAAGAGGAGAAAGCAGACGUGAUUGAUUCAGAAACUCCCGAAUCUUCUUACGAGUCCUUGAAUACGGAUGAGAAUAAAAAUGACGCAUCGCCUAAGGAGGAAGAAAAAGAAGACUCAAAUCUGAUUAACAUUGUGACCGAAGAGGAAAGUGAAAAUUCUGAAAAAUUUGACGCCACGGGCAACGAAGGAGGGGAAAAUAUUUCUGAAAGCGUAAAAACUGAAACGAAUGAGGGCGAAUCAAGUAAUUUUGAAAAUGUUGAAUCGAUCAACAAGAACGAAAACAACGAUUUAGUUGCGUCAAUAAGUGUUGAAUUCUCAAGCGAAAUCUCGAAAAAAAACGACAUAGAAAAAUCAGUCGAAGAAAAACUUACAGCUAACGAAAACGAAGAAUCAAAUAAAACAGAAAUUAAAUCUACGGUUUUGUGCCAUGAAAAAAACGCCACGGAAACGUCGAGCAUGGAAGAAGAAAAAAAACUUUCGAGACCAAAACUUCCCUCAGAGGUGUCGAGUACGAGCGAAAAUUUAGAAGAAUUUGAAGCAAAGGAAGACGAAAUAGAGAAUGAAAUGACGUUGAGCGUGAACGAUCCUGAGAUGUUCGAAACCGGAGAAAAUUUUAUGGAGGAUAAUUCUCGUACGAGACAAUCUCCAGAAAGAAUGUUUACCGAACAGGCAAUGGGGACUGUGGAAAAAAUUGAAACAAAUUUAUCGGGUGAUACUGAAAAGAAGAGCGAGGAUCUCGUACGAGUAGAAAACCGUCUGGAGCAGAGCGAAGAAAACACUGAAGCAAUUCAGGAAAAAUCGUUGGACGAAAAUUUGAAGGACAUGCUGUCUUCCUCGAGCUCAGUCUGCGUAGGACAAAUAUUCAACGACGACGAGCAAUCGCAAAGCACUCAAGAAAUGAUGGAAAGCAUACUGGAAACGAACAAAGGAAACAUAAAUAAAAUUUUGGACGAUCAAGAAGCUAGCGAUUUUGAAACAGCAGCGCUGAAUAACGUGGAAAAAUUGCCAGAAGAAUCAGAAGACAUGCUUAACAAAGCACUCGCAGAUCCUAUGGGCACUCAGAACAUCGAUUCCCUCGAAGGUCUCCUCGAUCUUGAUUUAAUGCCCGAGAACGACGAGUCCAAUCUCAAAUCCGUUGAGCCAAUCGUCCAUAAAGUUAUGCAAGAGGGCUGCGACGAUAUCGAAACUAUUGAAAAGAGCGUCGACGUUGGUUUACUCAUGGAAGAGAAUGACACGAUUGAAAAUCCGGUUCAGAACGAAAAUUACGAGUCGACGAUUAGCACCAAAACUUUGGACAACGAUUCCAAAGUGAUCGGAUCGUCCGUUGACGAUUUAAUGAGCAAAUCCAACCUUCAAGUCGAUCAGGAUUCACAGGACAAUUCUCAUCUCACGGAUAAAGAUCUCGAGGCCUUUGACCUUGCCAGUGUCGUUACUAAUCCUCUCGACAACGUCGAUCCUUCUGAAGAUACUAAAAUCAAUUUGGCUGAAGAUUUGCUGCGGCAAAUUGCUGUCGAUGGGGAGCGAAAAAUUACACUCACUGAAAAGCUCUUGUUGGACGACGAUAUUCAGGAACAAGACCUUUUGCUCUCGGCAUCGAUCGAACAACCAACGAAAAUGGAAAUGUCCGAUGGAGUAUUCCUUCCAGUGGAAGCCGGGCGCGACAUAGAAUUGGCAGAGGAUAUUUCCAUAGACAUGGCCGUACCGGAUCAAGUGUUGAACGACGUUGCAGCAGAGAUCGAGAAUUUACCAGCAAGUUCAGAAAUCUCGGAGCUCGAAUCAGCAGUAAAAUUUUUGCAAGAGUCCGAAGAACAAGAUAUCGAAUCGUCGUUGGUCCUGUCCCCAAAAUUGGUGGAAGAUGUUGUCGAUGAAAUAGUGGAAAAUGCCGACGUUGGCAUAUUCGCGAACGAGGCAGACAUUUGCGAAGAUCCAUCAGAACUCGUGGCUGAACUCGAGAGCAUAAUACCGGAUCCGAUAGCGAUAUCAGAGGCGGAAAUAAUAAACGAAGCAGCGAAGCUCGAGAUUGAGAGAAAAACGCAAUUGUCUGGAAGUGCGAAAUUGUUAUCGCCAGCUUUUCCAAAAGGAAAUGACAUUGAAGAGGAAAUAUUACAAAACAAAAUUCAAGAAACUUCGGGAAUCGCCAAAGAACAAAAGAUCCCGGAAACCUCUUCGGAAUCUCAAGAAAUCGAAAAAACAAGGGGAAUGGAAAUAAUCGAGCACGAACCGUUAAAGAAAUCGGUUCCGAUCCCUAAAACCUCCAUCCUCGAAGAGCGACUGAAAAUACCGCCAAAAAUCGAAAUUCCUGUUGGAGAAGUUACUCGAAUGUGCGAAUCACCAUCAACGCCGAAAACGAGCUUGUUAAUACAGCGUGACGCCAGAGCGAGCAAUCUGAUGAAGCAGUUGGAAUCUCCGAAGGCUACGGAAAAAAGUGAUUUGAAAAUCGUCGAUACGCCGCGCAAAGACAGUGAAAAGCACGAUUUUGAAAACGUUGGUUCACCAAGGAUUAUUCUUAAAAUUGCCAAGUCAGCAAUCGCCGAUUGUUCGGAGCCACGUUCACCAAAAAGUCCAAAAAUAAGAUCAGCCACGAAUUCCCCGAAUCCUGACGACAGUCCGGGACAAAAACUCGGAAAGAUCAAGUUGAAAUUAUCAAAAGGUGGACAUCCGUCGAUUAUUUCGAACGAAAAUGUCGAAGAACAAUGUGGACAGUGGCACACCGAAGGCUCUUCCUCGUUAUCACCUUUGGGAAUGAAAAUCAAAUUUUCCAAAAUACCCGACAGCCCCAGCCACCAAACUGAUAAACACGAAACCGAUGAAACGAGAGAACAGUCUUCAAAACACAAAUUUGAAGAAGCUAAACGAACCGAUUCGCCGUUGGGCAUGAAAAUUAAAUUGUCGAAAACCGGAGAACCAACUAUCGUUCAACAUGAAACUAAAGACCCCGGUACGAAGCAUAAAGAUAAAUUUGAUAUACAACAAGAUUCCCCGAAAAGAGCGGAAUCAUCGAUUGGUAUGAAAAUAAAAUUAUCGAAAUCCGGUGACGCUUCGAUUAUCCAGCCAGAUAAACAAGACACUUCGGAAGAACAUAAAGACGGGAGCUCCAGGGUCAAGGAUAAACUUGAGAACUCACCACACCAUGAAAAAACUGAAACACCUCGCCGCACGGAAUCUCCACUGGGUAUGAAAUUCAAACUGUUCAAAACGGGCGAUGCUUCGAUCGUCCAAACAGAAUCGCCAGAGGAAAAUCAGCAAGAAAUUCAGCGAACCGAUUCACCGGUUGGUAAAAAGUCAAAACAGCAGAAAUCUCGAACUCCCCUCAUAAGUUCCGAGCUUGAGGAAGAAUCGAAAGAAAAAUUAGAAAUAGAGGCUCCGCGACGUACGGAAUCGCCGUUGGGAAUGAAGAUAAAACUUUCGAAGCGCGGCGACCCUUCGAUAAUCCUCAACGAAGAGACGCGAGAAGCACUGAAACAAAAACCUGAAGUCGCCCAAGAAACGACUUCAGAUGGAGUUUCGAAAAUAAAAGCAGGAAAAGCAACUCUCCAAGUGGAAGCUACCGUAGAAUCGGAGUCUGUGACGGAAACGUCGAAACGAGUUGAUCCAUCGAUCGGUAUGAAAAUCAAACUAUCAAAAAGCGGUGACGCCUCGAUCGUUCAUACCGAAAAAGAGGAUAAUUCUGAAGAAACCCGAGAUAAGGAAAAAUCGGAGGUUCUUCAAGAAAACACUCUAAAAAUCGAUACUCCGAUCGGAAUGAAAAUAAAACUUUCGAAAACCGGUGAUGCUUCGAUAAUACCAUCAGCGUCUGCAAAAAAAACUGAAGACGUGAUUCCAGAAUCGGAAAAAUCGAAAAUUAUAGAAACGGCUGUAAAAACAAAAGUUCCCAAAGUUGGCGACGCUCCGAGUAUCGAUGCGGACAAAAAGGAUAAAUCAUUGAGAAGAAAAGACUCGGAAACGCCGUUAGAAAUGAAAAUAAAGCUUUCGAAAACGGGUCAUCCGACGAUAGUAGCCUGUGAAAAUUACAGCGAAUCCCCGCAGCGCAGCAGAGAAGUUAACCUGGAAAAUCCAGGUCACGUUGGUCCAAGCAAGCAAUCAUUGUCGCCUCAGGAUACUGCGGGAAUGAAAUUAUUGAAAAGCAUGCAAGGAGGAAAUUUGCACGGUGCCAGAUCCGAAUUGACGAUAGAGCCGGUGCAGCUGCAAGCGAGAAAGAGCGAACUGCCGGAUGAUUCGGUGUCGAAACGUAAAGACAUAACGAUUUCUCCGGUCGAGUCGAAGAAAGCCAAACUCGAGGCAAAAUUGUCGCACAUUUUACCGGAAGUUACGAUCCAACCGAUCGUUCCACGCGAACCACAGCAACAAAUGUUGUUCGAGACGAAAUCUGGCUCGAUAAGUCGACAGCAGAUGAACGUCAUAAGCCAAGAGAUCAGUAUAACCCAAGUGAGGCCGAGUAAGCCAAUGGAUCUUUCGAUGACCGAAAAAUUCAAGUCCAUUCUCACGCAGAACGCGCCGCCACCGGGCGCUGAUUGCGAGAUUAUCGAGCAUCGUCCUGAGUUGAUAAUUGUCAAUGAGAAUUCAAACUCCAGUCAGGAUGUCAUGAUCAUCGAGGAGGUGCCAGCGAUUCGUCCCCCGGAAGUUAAAGUUCCCAAAAAACGGGGCAGACCUCGAAGAAAUCCUUUGCCAAUAAUUCUAGCAAAACCAGCUCCAUUGCCUCCUGGUGCAGUGAUUGAGCCCAUUGGGCAAAAAGACCCCCUGGCUCUCGACGAUAUCAGUCACAUGGGCUCGCAUAUCGACCAACAAAUGUUUCCGCCUGUCGAAAGCGAGGUUCAUGGCAGACCCAAGAGAACUUGCAGGAAUCAGAAAAGCUACGCACCGCCGAGACGCGGACGCGGACGCGGAGGUCGCGGCAAAAGAAAAAUGGAAAUGAAUCGGGAGUUGGCAAAAAGGCCGCGAAUAGAGCAGGAUUUGGACAUGAUCGAAAGGUCGACAACAGCUUUGAUCACGAUACACGAUCCACCAUCCAUUCGACCACAAAAUCUAAUCGACCCAUCCUCCGAAGCUGCACGCAACACCUCUGAAUUGUACAAAGCUUUGAGACAACCAACGAUGGAUCGUAAAAUGCCAAACGCUCUUGCGCGCAACGAGGUCGAACAAGCUGUUAGUGAAUCUUGCAACAAUCCUGGCUUAAUGAAGAAAAAUCAUCUCGAAUCUCUGAUGGACGUUAGAAUAAUGUCGCAUCUCGAUGGCGUUAUCAAUACGUCAAUCAACAAAACCGCCUCAGAAGAAACUUUCGAGAAAGACCGCAAAAUGCUGCUCGUCGAUAUUUCGAGCUCUGAAAAUCAAACGGUCUCGAACUUGAUCCCCGAAGCGUUGCAAAAUUCCGGAAUCUCCACCAUCAACGACAAAAUCAUGGGAACAAUGGUCGACGAUGCAAAAAAUAACAAAAAUACCUCGGGUACAAUCGAUCAUGAAAACUGGCUCACACCUUCCGCGAAAAAACUUUGUGACACGGGACGUAACGAGGGAAAUAUAUCGAACGUUCAAGUGAUCGAUGAAGAAACUAGAAUGAGCGCUGAAUCUGGCUCGAGAUCACAAACACCGGCCAAAAAUAUGUCACUACAAGCCCCAGAAACAAUCGUAAAUGAGGAAUCGCAGGGCAGCGUUCUGAGCACCGCGACCACCGAGUCCGAGAAGGUCAAGGUUAAAAUUCGUAGAAUGGAAAUUAACUUUGAUCCUGACGAAGGACCAUUCACCGUCGAUAAAGUCGCCGAAUACGAUUGGCCUCUUGAUCCUACCAAGAAAAACGAAACUUUCAUGAUACAGGAACAAAUAUCACAUUAUCUCGGUGUCAAAUCGUUCAAGAGGAAAUAUCCUGAUUUGAAGAGACGUAUGGUCGAAAUGGAAGAGAGAAAUUUUCUCCGAGAAAAUGGUCUUGUCAGCGAAGCUAUGUGCGACAUGGGCCUCACAGCAGUCCUGAGUUCUGAAGUAUUAGAUGUAAUGUGCAGCGAUUUUCCGGAUCAGUACGAGGAGUAUCGGAAACAUAUACGUGAAAAACAAAUGAAGGAGCAUUUGAAAAAACAGAAGGAAUUAACGGCGGCAGCGAACGCUGAGAAAAAUCGUAUUGACCUUGCUGAGAUGGCGGUACAAUCGGCACUCUCGUGGAACAUAGGUUUGAACAAAGCUCGUCGUGAAUCACGAAAGUGCAGUCUCGAUUUGCAAACUUUCACGAUACACGUACCCAAAAAACAGCAAAAAGUCGAAGAAGAAAGUGGCUCGAAUCAUUAUCCGGUUGCGCUCAUACCUGGACAAUACACCGAUUAUUAUCGGGAAUAUACGCCAGCUGAACUCAGGUAUUAUCCGUUAAAUACCGUGCUCUAUGGACCCAUGAGACCAAAUGAGAGAAAAUUUGAUAGCCAAUCCGAAGGUUCGCAAAGUGACAGCGACAGUGAUUCCUCAUCAGAUGAUUCAAGCUCAACCUCGAGCGAAGGUACACAGGACACCGAAGCCUCGCAAUCGACGAUGGACGACGUAGAUGCAGAAUUAUCGCGUCAGAAAGAAGACAUAAAAUCUAUCAAGUGCAAAAUGUGUCUGAAACACCUCAACAAAUUCAGCAGACCCGAAGUACUCAUUCAGUGUGGCACAUGCAACGGUUAUGUACACCCAUCGUGUAUAGAUUUGACAUUGGACAUGGUUCCCCACAUUCAGGCCUACGCCUGGCAAUGCACUGACUGCAAAACUUGCGCCCAAUGCCACGAUCCUGCGGAUGAAGAUAAAAUGCUCUUCUGCGAUAUGUGCGAUCGAGGGUACCAUAUAUAUUGCGUCGGCUUAAGGAGGGUUCCUCAAGGCCGAUGGCACUGUCAAGAAUGCGCUGUGUGCGCGAGUUGUGGUUCUCGAGAAGCUGGAGGCACGAAUUCCGACCGAAACAGUGUUGCUCAGUGGCAACAUGAGUACAAAAAAGGCGAUAAAAAUACGCGCGUUUACGUCUCUACUCUUUGUGUUCCUUGUUCCAAGCUGUGGCGGAAGGGUCGUUAUUGCCCUCAUUGCAGUCGAUGUCAUACUGUACAGCGACUCGACCUGGAAGUGAAUCUAGUGCAUUGCAGCGCAUGCGACAAGUAUCUGCACUUAGGCUGUGUGGAGAGCAAGGAUCUGACAGUAGACCGGAAAAAUUAUCGGUGUGACUUUUGCCAGCCGUUAAGACAUCACAUGGUAAAACCUUUGGUAUCCAAAGUCUUUAGAACGUAAUGAGACGAAAUACCGAAUGAAACUUCCGUUCGUUCCACAAGUCUAAGACUAAUUAUUGUGUAAAGAAAUAUUGAAAAGCGAAUUCAAUUGUUUUUUUUUCCAACUCUUUAUAUACGGUGCGUUUGUAACGAAAAAUGUGUUAUUUUUUCCCUAUAAAACUGACUCGAAUACGACGAACGUUGCUAUUUUCUGCUACGCUUUCGGAUAGAUGGAACAAAAAAUAUCAUUAAGAGUCAUAUUUGCUAUUAUCGCCGAGAGAAAAAGGAGAAAAAAGGAAAAAAAAAUUAUAUUAAUUCAUCUUGCCGAUCUGACUAGCACGGUUGGUGCUCAUUCAGUAUUAUCAUCGUUGACCAUCGUUCUAUUUAUGAAGAAAAAAAAUGAAAGAAAAAAUAGGAGUUUCGUCAAAUUCUUCAAAUUUGUUUUCCUUUUUGUACAAAUAUGACAUUAUUUUGACAGUGAGACAAAAAUUAAUCAGACUCUACAUCAUUUGUUGAGAAUGUUUUCCAAGGUUUUCGUAGUAGCAAUUCAAUAAAGAGAAAACAAAAAGACGUCAUGAUCACGUCCCGUACAGUCACCGAACAACACGUUCUUCUUGUACUUCUCGAUUUGAUUGUCUUUAUCUUUCUCUCUCCCUCUCUCUCUAUAUAUAUAUAAUUUGUUAAGGAUUUUUAUGUACGAAUAUAUUCGUGGGUAAGGAAAAGAAUCGAUCAAUGUUGUAACAUAGAAAUAUAUAGAGAUAUGUAGAAAAGGAAGGAGAACAAGGCUUCGAAGAUUGACGAAGACGUUUCUUAAAAAUAUAUACCGUUUUUUUUUAUUUA